UUCAAAAUGUCAGCCUACAUAGAUUUGGGACUCAUUGGAACAAUUAGCGAAAAUGAUGAAGUUAAAGUUGCUUCAGAAAGUUCUGACAGUGAGGAAGAGGUGCAAAAAGAGAAGAAGAAGAAAAAGAAGAUGAAAACAGAUUUUAACAACGCAUUUUCAUUUGCAGAUCAGGAGGAUCCCUUCAAAGGAUUUAAAAGCAUAAAAUUAAAGUUUGCCAAGAAAGCCGAUCCUACCUUCACACUGGAUGAGAAGAUUGAAGCUGCAAGAAAGAGGAGAAAAUUACAGAAUGGAGAUGAUAUACAGGAAGACAGUGAGGAGGAAACAAAGGGAGACAAUCCAGAUGAAGAGCUGGAGCAAGAUGUUGACUCUUCAGAUGGAGAAUUUGUAGCAGACACUUUGAGGACAAAAGAGAAGAAGAAGAAAAAGAAGAGAAAGAGGAAAGGGGAGCCAGACUCGGAUGAGGAACAGGUAGGGGAAAAGAUUCAGUUUUCUGAGCGGAUUGACACUUACGACAGAAACUCUUCCUUCAGCGAUAUGAACAUCUCAAGGCCUCUAAUGAAGGCUCUGGGUCUGUUAAACUUCGAGCAGCCCACCCCUAUACAGUCAGCGACGAUCCCCAUAGCUCUGCUGGGCCGGGAUAUUUGUGCAUGUGCCGUCACUGGGUCUGGUAAGACAGCUGCCUUCAUGUUACCCAUUCUGGAGCGUUUGCUGUACAAGCCAAAGGAAACCUCGGUGACCCGGGUUCUUGUUGUUGUACCAACUCGUGAACUGGCAGUACAGGUUCAUGCUGUCGCCAAGCAGCUGGCUAACUACACAAACAUACAGAUCACACUGGCAGCAGGUGGCCUUGACUUGAAAGCGCAAGAGGCUGCCCUGAGACUUGGCCCUGACAUUGUGAUAGCGACCCCAGGUCGUCUGAUUGACCAUCUACACAACUCACCCAGUUUCAACCUCAACAGUGUGGAGAUACUUGUGCUGGAUGAGGCAGACAGGAUGUUGGACGAGUAUUUCGCCGAGCAGAUGAAGGAGGUAAUCCGACUCUGUGCCCGUACACGACAGACCAUGCUGUUUUCUGCUACCAUGACGGAAGAGGUGAAGGAUCUUGCGGCUGUUUCCUUGGACAAGCCUGUGAAAGUGUUUAUAAAUGAGAAUACGGAUACGGCACUGGGGCUGAGACAGGAGUUUGUGAGGAUACGGGCCAACAGAGAGGGAGAUAGGGAAGCCAUUGUAGCAGCUUUGUUGAGCCGUACAUUCCCAGACCACUGCAUUGUGUUCAUACAGACAAAGAAGCAGGCCCACAGGAUGCACCUUGUCCUGGGGCUAUUGGGGAUUAAUGUUGGGGAGCUCCAUGGCAACCUCUCACAGGCCCAGCGUUUGGAUGCAUUAAGACGGUUCAAGGAAUCAGAGAUAGACAUCUUGUUGGCCACAGAUCUUGCAGCUAGGGGUCUCGAUAUAGACGGCAUCAAAACUGUUAUCAACUUUACAAUGCCGAACACUGUGAAGCAUUAUGUGCACAGGGUCGGGAGAACGGCUCGUGCUGGGAAAAGUGGCAGGUCCAUAUCCUUGGUUGGUGAGCAGGAGAGGAAGUUACUGAAGGAGGUCGUGAAGAAGGCCAAGACCCCUCUGAAGACUCGUAUAGUGCCACAAGAUGUGAUAGCAAAGUACCGAGAGCGAAUCUCUGCCCUGGAGAAGGACAUUGUGGAGAUAGAGCAAGCGGAAAAUGAGGAGCGGGAGAUGAGAGCCACGGAGAACCAGAUGAACAAGGCCACUAGGAUUCUGGAUGAGAACCAGCCCGACCAGGGGAAGAGGACCUGGUUCCAGUCCCACAAGGAAAGGUUGGCUGAGAAAGAGGCAUUGAGACUGGGUGAUUUCGAUAGUCUGCCUAGCAAGAUGAAGAAGAAAAAACUUACAAAAGAUCAGUUGAAGCAUAAGCCUAACACACCAGAAGACCGGUCAUUCUUUGAGAUUCAGAAGUCACAACAGUAUUCUGCCAAGUUUGCGAAGAAGACGGCCAGACAGCAGAAAGUGAUGGGGAUCACUGACUCUUCAUUAAAUAACAACAAUGCAAGUAAAAAGAAGAAGAAGAACAAGAUGAAGUCUGCGUUUGACAAGGAGCUGACCAACACUGGCCGGACUGCUGUCAGGCAGUACAGAGCAGGGCCAUCCUAUAAGGAGAGGAAGGAGCUUGGUUUAGGGGGCAAUAAAAAGAAAUCUGGUCAACAGAAAAACAUGAAAAGGAAAAGAUAAUCAGGAUUUGAAAUAAAUUGUAUUGUUCAGAAAUAAAUUGUUGAAAAUGUC